AGCAGUCUACCUGUAUGGUAGGGUGUGUGAUGAUCUUCACCCUGGGGCGGGUUAUUGCCACAGCUUGCUGGCCAAGGUGGCUUUGCUCCAGGAGAAGACAGCUGAGGAGAGGCUGACACAGGUGCAGGAGCCAAUGGGCCGGCCAUCACUGAAGCUAAUCCAAGAAGCGGAUACAUGUUGGAACAGCACGUACCACAUGCUCCAACAUGUUUAUGACCUCAGAGAACCUCUAGGAGCAGCUUUGGCAGGCCUACAUCCUGACAUCACCCCACUUUCAUCAGAACAAUAUGACAUUAUUGCAGACUGUUUAAAAGUGCUGUCCCCAUUUAAUGAUGCCACAGUUGAGCUGUCAGAGGAGAAGAGAGUUUCAGGAUCAAAGGUCAUUCCCCUUUUAUCAAUGCUGCACCAUGCACUGGAGGAGGAAGACCUGGGAAUGGUCCAGACUCCAGAGAGCACAGCAAUGGCUGAGAGUCUGAGGAGUCAGUUAAGGGAGAAGCUCUCUGCUUUACAACCAAUGAGUGUCAUGUCACUGGCAACACUGCUUGAUCCCAGGUUUAAAAAGAUAGGCUUCUUUAGCCCCAAUAAAGCAGCAGAUGCAGAGAAGAGGCUCAUUUCUGAAUGUGCUGCUGUCAUACGUAACUACGCCUCUUCCUCAUCAUCACAACCGCACAUAUCAGAAGCUUCUCAGCCUGUGACUCAAGGUAGCAAACUGUGGCAUCGUUUGGACACCACAAUCCUGUAGACGAGGACCCAAAAUGUCACUGCAGAGGCAACGGUGGAGGUCCAAACCUGGCUGAACCAAACGUUGGCAGAUUGGAGAACCCCCUAGAUUAUUGGGAAGCAAAGAUAGAGGAUAUUUUCU